AUGCUCCUCCCACCCAUUGCUGUGUUAUUUGCAACGCGCGCGCUGGCAGACACCGUCACCCUUCCUGUCGCCGUAUCGCCUCCAGCGUCAGCAAGCACUCCGGUUCCGGGAGACUUUCAGUCGUUUUCGAUCGAAUUCGCGUUUUUCCCUGAUUUUGCUGGAAACUAUUCCCAUCCCAACCAUCUGACGAAUACUCUUCUGGCCAAUCUGCGGAAUUUUACUGGUGCAGAGCAGAUUAUUCGUAUUGGCGGGAAUACACAAGACCACGUCGUCUACAUCGCCUCCCAGAAACAAGGCAUCAUGAACACCUGGGACUACACGUACAACCUCGACCAGCCCAAAAACAGCACCAUCGGCCCCGCCUUCUGGGAAUCGCUGAACGUCCUGCAAGACACAAAGUACAUCUUCGGGCUGAACUUCUACAAAAACGACUCGGACUUCCUCGCCAACCUGCAGUACGAGGUCAAUCAGACCCUGCUCCGGCUGCCCAGUGACAGACUGCAUCUGUUCGAGCUGGGCAAUGAGAACGAUUACGGUGCGAAUUCGGGGUUUCGUCCGCGUAACUGGACGCAGUUCGAUUAUGUCGAUGAGUGGAUUUUCCGGACUCGUCACGUCCAGACGCCCCAGCGCAGUCUGCGCUUCUUUGCGCCGUCGUUCUGCUGCUUCAAUAUCACAGCUCCGACGUUCUUCUCGCCCUGGACCGUGUGGAAUGAGUCGUAUCGAUAUGACCGCGAUGGGUGGAUCGAGGAAGUGUCUCAGCAUGGGUAUAUCUCGUCGACGUCGAGAAAUCCAACUCUGCAAGCUGACAGUCUCAGGAACAUUGAUGAACCAUACCUCUGUCGUCCAAGCCGUCCAGCCACACGUCGAGCUGAACAUCUUCCACCAGCAGCACGGACGACGGUACACAAUCGGCGAGACGAACAGCGUCUCGGGACAGGGCUCGCACGGGGUAUCCGACGUGUUUGGCUCUGCGUUGUGGCUGGUCGAUUACUGUCUGUACAUCGCGUCGCAGGUGCGACUCCUUACCAUCGUGGCUCAGUUAUUCUGACUUGGUAUACUGACUGCCUAGAACAUCACGAGAAUCCACCUCCACCAAGGCACGCUACCGAUACGGCAUCCUGGCUGCCCAUCCCCGUCAACGGCACAGGGCCGCUCGUCAAGCCGCCGUACUAUGGCAACAUCUUCGUGGCGAAAUUCCUAGGCUGGUCAGGCCCGCAGAUCAGCAACAUUGACUUAGGCAGCGACUACUACUCGGCAUACGCGGCGUACGAGGGAGGAAAGCUGGCCCGCCUGGCGAUUCUGAAUCUGCACCAGUACGACCCCGGCAUGAACGGGACGCAGCGGCCACAGACGAGCUUCGUCCUUCCCAACCUGCCAGAUUUUACAGCAGCAAAGGUUGAGGUCCUCACGGCGCCGGGCGCAUCGUCCAACUCGUCCAUCACCGUCGCCGGUCUGAGCUACGAUUACCAGCUGGGUCAGGGGCGGGGUGUCCAGGUGGCCGCGACGGGGACCACCAUCGAGUCGCGGAAUGGGUCGUUUACUGUCGAUGUGGCGGCGUCGGAGGCGGUUAUUGUGUCGUUUCUACAGUAG